GAAGUCCGGGACGGAGGCAAGCACGCACUCUUGAUUCUCGACACUGUCGCUCCCCUCUUGGAUGCUUGGGAAUUGGCUAUGGAGCUUGCUGAGGCGGCCGGCGACCUCGGUGAUGCAGAGGCCCUGGCGGCACAGAGGCGUGCUGCUCUUGCUGCCUUGCUGGAACGGGCGGCAAGCCUCCAAAGUGGAGGAGCACUGACAAUGUUGGCUCUCUUAGAAACUGAGGCCAUGGCAGCUCUUGGCAUUCCAGGGCAGCGCCAGGCUCCGAACGCGGAAGCCAACGAGCUGACCUUCAGCCUCGCCGACUUCCGAGGUCGGAGGCAGAGUGAAUUGGAGCGUCUACAGCGGUUGCAGGACCGCGGCGUGCAGCUGACUGAGAGCUCCUUGUCCGCGCUGGGUAUCACGCGCCCUGGUGACGUGGCAAAGGGUGUGAAGUCAGCGCGCGAGAUGCAGAGUCUCUCUGAUGGUCAGGCCGUGCUCGACAAGUCCAUGGCUGCUGCCGGCUUGUUCCCGGCAAUGGUGCCAGGCGCCAGCUUCUCCCGCUUCGGCCUCGGCUCCGACGUCGGCGCCUCGAAGGCGGUCGCUGCGCACCUCCGCACCUUGCUGGCCUUGGAACAGGCACACUUUCGACCCACGACGGCGGAAGUGGACAGCCAUCAGUCCAGGCAGUUGCAGGCGAGCUUGCAACAUCUCGCAUCUGUGCGGGCUGUCGUGCGGGAGAUGUGGAUGUCGUGCCUAUCUCAGAGAGUUUCGGGCCACAGCUGGGCCGGCCGUUCCUGCCGCGAGAGUCGUGUGGGGCUGGCCCAGUCCCACGCUCCAGAGCGAAAGGUUGUGCCAUGCAGCCGAUGGUGGGCGAAGCAGGCCUUGCUUGCCGCCUUGCUCCUGGAGGUGUACGAGCGGCACAGCUUCCUGCUGAUGCUCCUGCUCUUAGCCGCUGCAGCAGCCGCACUGUUGCGAAGCUGUGGUGCAGACGCGAGGCGGUUGGCCUGGCACUUGCUACGCGCAAGGCAGCCCAAUGCAAAGCUCUACAGACAGGCGGGUGCAUUUUGCAGCGGCUGCGGUGCCAUCGAGGUUCGUGAAGUCCUUGAAGACGAAGACCUUUGCGAAGAACUUGCACGGCACCUGAACUUGAGACCACUGGAGUUAAAGCGCUUUGCUUCUGUGGCCGCAGAGGUGCGGGCUGAUCCUGCAAUUGAGCUGGUGGAUGCUGAGGAGGUCCCAGAGGCGGAGUCCGUUGGGAACCCUGCAGACGAGGUCCCCGGUGCUCAGCACCACUCCUUCCGCACAAGCGGAUGGAAUUCCAAGCGCAGCAUCAAAAGUGCGCGUGGCGGACGAGGCCGUGGGGGCUUGGGUCACUACUUUGAUAGUGUGACAUCCGACGACCAAGCUGUGCGGGGAGGCCGUGGUGGCUCGGGCCACUACUUCGAUUGUGUGGCAUCAGACGACCGAGAUGUGGGGGGAGGCAACCACCCACCGCAACGGAGCCACGCAGCAAAUCCAUACUUCAGUAGCCAGGUGGGCGAAUCGUCGCCGGGCGAGGACAGAAGUAUAGACUACGCACAAACAGACAAUUGCUCCUCAGACCCUAAACCUAAACCGUCAAGGCCGUUGCAGAAUUCAGUCAGUAAACAUAAGACGGAUGAAGGCGAUGCAGGUGUAGGUUUCUUUUCUAAGCAGCUCUGGGUCUGUUGGUUUCGUGAGUUCCAGGCUUUGGGUUCAUGUGUUGUGUGGGCGGAAGAGGAGGAGAGAAACAAAGACUUGCCGCAAUGA